AAACAAAACAAGGAAAGCAUAGCUACAAGGCAAUAAAUCACCAAGCACACCGAAGUCACGAAAGGAGAGCAUUGGAAAAGAGCUCUCAAUAAUGGAAGCGGGAGUUUCUCUCUCUAGGGUCUGGUUUCGCUGGGCAGUACCUCGUGCUACUGUUCACUGCCGAAGCUAAAUCCAUGCUUUCCUCUUGAAUUUGUUGGGUUUUUGGUGCGAUCCUUGGAGCUCUAGGAUCGUUUUGAGCAGGGCAAUUCAUUUCUCAGCUCAAUUUGACGUUUUGGAAGCUGGAUUGGGCAAGAAUCGCAGGUCAACCCUCGGAGUCACUGUUCAUUCCGCGACAUUUGAAGGUUGAGUUCACCUCGGUUCCAGCUCGUUUGAAGGCAGAUUUUUUGGGGGAUUAUGGGCGACAUGGGAUGCUCUCUCAACACCUUACAUUGGAUUUCCAUUCCAAUUGAAGGAGCUUGUGAUUUGAGCCAAAUUUGGGUUCAUCGUCACUGUUCACAGCGAUGAUUUCAACUCCAGGUUUACCCAUGAUUUUGGCUUGAUUUUUCUCCCAUCUUUUGGUAUUGUGCUCGUGAUUUAAGGGACUUUCAACAUCUGGUGUUGGAUUUGUGAUUCACACAACUUGAUUUGGUCUCAUUGAUUUUUGAUGCUCGAGUUACUGUUCAUGUUAUUCCUUUAUCCUGGGAGGUCUGCUGUACUGGUCUUGGCUUCCUUGUGCUGGUUUUGCUUGCUUUUUCAGGAUAAUACUGAUUGAAUGAGCACUUAUUUGAGCCACGAACUGACUGUGAAUCAUGAUUGUGCCUUGUAAACUUGUUCUUUAUUGCUGUGCCUGCACUACUCUCGUUUGGACUGCCCAGGUUCUCUGGUUUUGUUCAUGGAGCUGCUAUGGUAUUGUUAAGAGGAAUGGGUUUCAACCAGCCACUUGGAAUGGUUUUUCUGUGGCUUGAACCAGCUGGUCAGUGGUGUUUAGGCCCUGAUUUUCUGUUCUCCAGGGCUGGGCAGUGGCAUCACUGGGUUUGGCUAGACUACUUCGUUGGACAGCCACCCAAAGCUGCUGUUGGCACUUCAUGUUAUCCAUUGCUGCCAUUUUCGAAUUGCAUACUCCAUUGGUGGCUUUUUUGACGUGGUUUGGUCUACCACUGUCUAUGUUCCUCUCACCCGUCGUUCCUUGGUUGUACGCUUGGGUUUGAUGGAGAAGGAUUUUGGGCAGAACAAGACCGUUGUGUGGUUGGUUUGGGGCUGAGAUAGACUGUCUUCACCAACCUGUGCUGCUUUGGUUUUGGGAUCUAAACCGGUCUUGGGGCUGGUUUUAGGCCUUGAACGCCAUUGGGCAGUGGCUUGAGGCCAUCUCCGUGGGUGCGUGAUUGAGGACUCCUUUUUUAGCCCUGAACUAACCGUGCUUCUUCUUCCCCCAGUUUGGAGUCGUUGAACACCUUUGGGUGGGCUUACCAUCUGCAUUUCUCGCUGCAUUCCGAACAUCUUUGUUGGAAAGCCAUUGUGAGCCUGAGGCUCCAGUGUUCAACACCGUCAAGGGAAGGGUACGUUGGACCCCCUAGUGUGUGAAAGCUGAGACUUCUUGGGAACCCAUAACCCCUUGUGUGAUUUAGGAUGCCAGACUGAGUGCUUCUCUCGUGCUUUAUGAUUUCAGGCCUGGUCUACUGGAGUUUACACAGGCCAACCGCCAUUGCCGUCUCUGUUUAGGUAUGGCUGAGUUUACUCUGGCAAUAUGGCCGAUGCUGAACUUGUGGACUUGGGUCACGGCAUAUAUUCCUUGAGGGUGAACUUUAUGAGCCUACACAUGUUGAGGACUUGUCGUUGUAGUGGCAACAAUGACGCAAAUGACCCCUUUUGGUUUGAUGUCUUGAUGAUUCAUAAAGCCCUCCGGUGGUGUCUCACUUUCGGAGUUUUGAUGAGGAUUUUCUUUCCUUUUGAUGACCCAUUGAUGACGCUGAUGCAGAAUAACGAGGACGAGCCCUGGUGAUUAUGUAUCCAUGUGAUACACAUUUAUUUCCUUGUGCUUGUUUACUCAUGUUUUGUUGAUUGGGCGUGCGUGCCUUUGGCGUGUGUGCCAUUCUUUCUUUUGAUUUAUAGGGGUAUGCCCCGAUGCUUUGUAUGUUUACUUCGUGGAUGUACAUUGUAUUGACUCUUGGAUAUUAAUAAUUUACAUUUUAUCCACGAAAGGAGAGUAUUGCAAGCAAAUAGAAAAAAACACUAAGCAUAAAAUUUCUCAACACCAUAAAAGUAGGAUGUCACU